GCCAAAACCCAAUUCCCAAACAGCAUCACUCCUCCCACUGGCCCCAGAACCCUAACCUCCUUCUCCACCAUGGCCUCCUCCCUCCUCCGCUCCGGCCACCGCCUCCUCCUCUGCCACCACGGCCGCCUCCCCGCGGCCUUCUCCACCUCUGCCGCCGAGGAGCUCAUAGACGUGCGCAAGCUCCCCACCGACUACGACCCCGCCACCUUCGACUCCACCGCCCGCCCGCCUCCCUCCGACCGUGUCUGGCGCCUCGUCGAUGACGUCUCCUCCCUCACCCUCGUCGAGGCCGCCGAGCUCUCCUCCCUCCUCCUACGCCGCCUUGACAUCCCCUCCGCGCCACCCAUCGCCAUCCUCAACUCCGGCGCGGGCCUCGGCGGCGGUGCAGGUGGGGCGGCCGCCGACGCGGCCGGUGAUAAGCCGGCCACAGCGGCCGAUAAGACGGUGUUCGAGCUGCGGCUGGAGGGCUUCGACGCGCCAAGCAAGAUCAAGGUGAUCAAGGAGAUCCGGACGUUCACCGACCUUGGGCUCAAGGAGGCUAAGGAGCUCGUGGAGAAGGCGCCCGCAGUGAUCAAGGGCGGCAUGUCCAAGGAGGAAGCCCAGGCGAUCGUCGAGCGGAUGAAGGCCAUUGGUGCCAAGGUUGUCAUGGACUGAUCGCCGCCCGCAUUCCAAGGUGAGAUCCUGCAGAAUUGUAGCUCGGAAUAGCUUGAGUGGGUACAUGGAUGGUUGGUGUAGUGAAAUUGUCCAGAAAUUGAUGAUGUGGCGCCGAUGUGGUAGUGUACAGCAAUGCAUCAAGUACAUUUAAAUAUGAUUGUAUAUUUGAUUUUACAUUGUGUCACCAUGAUCCUAGCCAGUGGCGGAUCUUCAACACAAUUCUGUGGCCGCCAUUAGUUACAGUGAAGAAAUGCUAAUGGACAUA